AGCGGGGGCGGGGCGGGGCGGGUGGCCGGGCGCCGGACAGCUGCCGCCGGUCAUGUGUCCAUCGAGGCCGCGGCUGCAGGGGCGGCGCGGAAGGGACGGAGAUGGUGAGAUGUCGCCAACGUUUGCCGCCGGCUGCCACAUGUUACAACCUGCACAGGGUUAGAGCCCGCGGCCGGAGGGCCCGCUGCACCGAUGCAAACCCGGCGGAGCAGCAGCCGCCCGCCGGCGGCUCGCUGGCGUCCACCGGCGCCGCCUCCUGCAGGCAGGCACGCUUCAGGUUGCACUUCCCCCAGCUGGCUUUGCGGCGCAGGUUAGGCCAGCUGAGCUGUAUGUCCAAGCCCGCACUCAAGCUCCGUACCUGGCCUCUGUCUUUUCUCUAUUUCUUCCUGCCAUUUAGUGUCCUUAAGCCUCUUGCAAAGGUAGGAUGGCGGCCAACAAGCAGGGUUGGUUUGUAUAAAACAAUUCCCACCCGGUUGCUGUCUCGUGCGUGGGGCCGGCUCAAUCAGGUGGAGUUACCCACCUGGAUGCGGAAGCCAGUCUAUAAUCUGUACAUAUGGACAUUUGGGGUCAAUAUGAAGGAAGCAGCGGUUGAAGAUUUGCAGCACUAUCGAAACCUCAGUGAAUUCUUCCGCAGAAAGCUAAAGCCGCAGGCACGUCCUGUUUGUGACUCUCACUGUGUGAUCAGCCCUUCUGAUGGGAAAAUCCUGCACUUUGGGAGGGUGAAGAACUGUGAAGUGGAGCAAGUGAAGGGUGUGACUUACUCACUGGAGACUUUCCUGGGCCCUCAGACCUGGUCAGAGAACCUGGAGAUUAGCAACAAUAACACAGAGACAACGUUCCAGGAACACCUAGUGACGAAGGAAGGCAAUGAUCUCUAUCACUGUGUCAUCUACCUGGCCCCUGGAGAUUAUCACUGUUUUCAUUCACCAACUGAUUGGCGAGUCUCUCACAGGCGGCAUUUCCCAGGCUCCCUUAUGUCGGUUAAUCCUGGAGUAGCUCGUUGGAUUAAGGAGCUUUUCUGCCACAAUGAGCGGGUUGUCCUGGCUGGAGAUUGGACUCACGGCUUCUUUUCACUCACUGCAGUCGGUGCCACAAAUGUUGGAUCUAUUCGCAUUUACUUUGACAACGAUCUGCACACCAACAGCCCUCGCUACAUGAAGGGCUCCUACAAUGACUUCAGUUUUGUCACAAACAACAACAAAGAAGGGGUUACCAUGAGGAAAGGAGAGCAUCUGGGCGAGUUCAAUUUGGGUUCCACCAUUGUUCUCAUCUUUGAGGCACCAAAAGACUUCACCUUUAAUCUUAAACCUGGACAGAAGAUCAGGUUUGGAGAGGCUCUCGGGUCCAUCUAAUAGCAUUACCAUCAAAACACAUCUCAAAUCGGAAUGGAGUAAUGAGGAGUGAGUUCGGACUAGGAAACAUGAGAAAUGGCCGUACUGAAAUAUGGUUUAAGUUCUGGCUGCUCCUCCUUUCAUCAUUACUGCAGAAGCAUCUCCCACAGCCUCCAUCUAAGGGAGCAGCUGCACCAUGACUGGUGCAAUGGUCUCCCUUGAAACAUGUACUGACCCUACCCAGUUACCCCUUUAAAUAGGAAGCUGAUGGGAGGAUAGGGUUUUGAGCAUGUGCAGUGCCAUACUUUCUGUGCAAAGGAGGAACCUGGCAGGUCACCAGGAACAAAAGAACUUUGAAAGAUGGACUGAGAUUUUAGGGCCCAAGUCUAAAGGGGCACGGCAAGGGAUCCCGUGAAACGUUGCAGGAGUUGGUGACGCAAGAAUGUUUGCUGAAUAGCUCCAUGCAAGUGGGUCAUUCUAAGUUCAUGCAGUAUUUUUAUAUCCUUAAAAAUAAAUCUCAUCAAAUUACAUUUCAGAGAAAAUAAAAAUGACUGUACCAAAA